AGGGAUUAAAUCAGACACAUGAUGUCAUUAACUGUAGUUUGUCCACUGAAAGAGGAGAUUUAGUUGUGUUAUAGUUGUAGGUGUCAUGCAGACGGACAUGUUCAUGAAAAUUAUCUUAAAAGUCCUCAGAUUUAUCUGACUCAGCGUCCUCAUGGUCUCUGUCUUUAAGGACAAAACUUUAUUGCCAUUCAGCAGAAACAAAUCACCUCAUGCAGACGUGUGCUGAGCUCUGAUUGGAUGUCACUGCUGCUCAUAAACGAAUAAUUGCACAUUUACAGGUUUGACCCUGGUCACAGAUACUGGAUCAGCUCCUGGUUACUGUUCACUGUCUCUGAUGUAGUUCACCUAUCAAAGUACAUCAAAAAAUACAUGUUACUUUGUCACAUGUGGGAAAAUUCACAAUUUAGGAAAUAUGAGCCAAGUUCAGAGGUUACUUGGUCACAUGAAAAAUGUGAUAAAAGAAUCAAAAUAAAGUAUAAAAUAAAACAAUGUUUUUUACUACUGGCAGAAAACGACAUGUAAUUUAUUUAUAUAAAUGUGAAUCUUCCUCUAUGCUUGUUUUGAACUUCUAUUAUCAUGAAACGUUAUUAUAUUUACUGUUAGUAGUGUUAUCAUCAUUAUUAUAAUUGUCUCUCCUCUUGUUCUUCAUGUAAAUUUCAUCUUAUUUUCAUCUCAGUUGAAAAUCUUUCCAUAAAUAAAUCUUGUCCUGUUCUCAUGCUGUACUCUUCUUCCUCCUCCUCUUCCUCAGGUCUGGGUUACUCCUCCAUGGUGAUUGUGUUUUUCUGCAACACUUACUACAUCAUGGUGCUGGCCUGGGGCUUCUACUACCUGAUCAAGUCCUUUAACUCCACCCUCCCCUGGUCCACCUGCGACAACGAAUGGAACACGCCCAGCUGCAUCGAGAUCUUCCGUCACCAGGACUGCAACAACGGCAGCAUCGGCAACUUGACCGUCAGCGGCAAUAUGACUUGCGCCGAGCUGGCCAACGCCCAGUCGCCCAUCAUCGAGUUCUGGGAGAGAAAGGUGCUGAACAUUUCAUCUGGUCUGGGUGAUACCGGAGAGUUUAACUGGGAGCUUGCUUUGUGUCUGAUGGCCGUCUGGGUGAUGGUUUACUUCUGCGUCUGGAAGGGAGUCAAAUCCACCGGAAAGAUUGUGUACUUCACGGCGACCUUCCCCUACAUGGUCCUCAUCAUCCUGCUGGUCAGAGGCGUCACACUUCCUGGAGCCUACGACGGCAUCAUGUACUACAUCAAACCUGAUUGGUCCAAACUGGGGGAGGCUCAGGUGUGGAUCGACGCCGGCACACAGGUCUUCUUCUCCUACGCUAUCGGGCUCGGAGCUCUGACGGCUCUGGGAAGCUACAACCGCUUCAACAACGACUGCUACAAAGACGCUUUCGUCUUGGCUCUCAUCAACAGUGGGACCAGUUUCUUUGCUGGUUUCGUGGUGUUUUCUAUUCUGGGCUUCAUGGCUGCUGAACAGGGAGUCGACAUCUCGCAGGUCGCCGAGACAGGUCCUGGUCUGGCCUUCAUCGCGUACCCGAAGGCCGUCAGUCUGAUGCCGGCGGCUCCUCUCUGGGCGGCGCUCUUCUUCUUCAUGCUGCUGCUGCUGGGACUCGACAGUCAGUUCGUCGGGGUGGAGGGGUUCGUUACUGGAAUCCUGGACCUGCUCCCGGUGAAGCCCCACUACCGCUACAAGAGGGAGAUCUCUGUGGCGGUUUGCUGCUUCCUGUGCUUCAUCAUCGACCUCUCCAUGGUGACGCAGGCGGGGAUGUACGUCUUCCAGCUGUUUGACUACUAUUCGGCCAGUGGAAUGACUCUGUUGUGGCAAGCAUUCUGGGAAUGCAUAGUAGUUGCCUGGGUCUACGGUGCUGACCGCUUCAUGGACGAUGUGGCUCGUAUGAUUGGCUACCGGCCGUUCCCCUGGAUGAAGUGGUGCUGGUCCUUCAUCACCCCGUGUGUCUGCCUGGGCAUCUUCCUGUUCCACCUGGUGAACUACAAGCCGCUGACCUACAACAACAUGUACGUGUACCCGUGGUGGGGGGAGGUGAUCGGGUGGUGCAUGGCUCUGUCCUCCAUGCUCUGCAUCCCCGUCAGCCUCCUCUACAAACUCGUCAGGGCCAAGGGGACAUUCAAAGAGGUCAGUGUGGACAGACACAGAGACAAACACAGAGACAAACAAAGAGACAGACACGGAGUCAAAGAGACAA